CAAUCGGCCGUCUAGUCUUUCAUCGUCAAAAUCGACACGGCCCCUUUUCUUCUCUUGUUUAUUUGUUUGUUUCUUUUGCGGGGAAUCUCGUCCUGCGAAAAAUACAUCUGACCCACCACCGCCACGCCCUAGAGCCGCCGCCGUGCCGCCUCACCGCCGGCGACUCGCGCCCCCUCCGCUGCGCACCUAUCGCGCGCGUCGCCAUCUCCGUCAGUUCCCAUCUACCCAACCUCGUCGCGCCCCUGCUCCGUCCGCAACCUUGCUUCCUGAGGUGACUGGUGUGCGUUCUUGGUAGCAGCUGGUUGUAGCAAUGGAUGAUGGGGACCUCGAUUUCUCCAACCCAGAGGCGUACCUGGACACCGGCGCCGAUCUGCCCGGCGGUGGCUGCUCCAUGGACAGCUACUUUGAUGAAUUCCUCAACGACACAGAGCACCUUGCCUGCACUCAUACCCACACCUGCAACCCGCCCGUCGACGACAGUUCACACACCCACACCUGCGUCCACGUCCACACCAAGAUCGUCUCGGCGUCGUCCGAUGGCGGCGCCGACUCCCCGGCCGAGAACAGCGGUGCCUCCAAGAAGCGGCCGUCUGGCAACCGCGCAGCCGUGAGGAAGUACCGGGAGAAGAAGAAGGCCCACACGGCGCUGCUGGAGGAAGAGGUGGUUCAGUUGAAGGCUCUGAACAAGCAGCUGCUGAAGAAGCUUCAGAAUCACGCGGCACUUGAGGCCGAGGCUGCCAGGCUCCGCUGCCUGCUUGUUGAUAUCAGGGGGAGAAUCGACGGGGAGAUUGGCACUUUCCCUUACCAGCGGCCUGUGAAGAACGGCGAUUUGGUUUCUGGUGUUGAUCAGGGGGGGUUUCUUGGCAGUGCCCAGGUUAUGAACUCGUGUGAUUUCAGAUGCAACGAUCAGAUGUAUUGCAAUCCAGGAAUGCAGAUGAGAGCAAUGGGUGAUGAUGGUGCUAUGAGUGGUCAGGUAUUUGGGCAAGGCACUGGGGAUAUUGCAAACAUCCAAUGCAUGGGGGGUGCCAAAUCUGGAUUCACAAUGCCCCCAGGCUGUGGGGGUAUGGGGACAAUGCCUUCUGGCUGCUUACCCGGUUCUGAAAAGCAAUGAAGGAUUUCCAUGGCGUGAAUCUUCUCCUUAGGCAGGCACUUUCGGUUCCCGUUGAGGGAAGACUGUAUAAAUUGCUAGCUUCUAUCGACCGUGUUGGUUCAAACUGUCGUGCGUGCGUGCGUGUGUGUGUGUGUGUGUGUGUGUGUGUGUGUGUGUGUGUGAUUCUGUCGCCAAUGAUGCUUCUUUGACGAUGGCUUGAGGCGCUGAAACUUUGUUGGGAGCCAUUUGGGCAUUCUCCUUCAAUUUUCCCUGGUCGCCAUUUCAAGUUUUGCUAUGGAGUUCGACAGCCUUUGCUCCCGGUUCGAGGCACCCUCUCUUACAAAAGGGUCAAAGUGCCAUGGACCGGAUCCUAGGGAACCAUGAAUAAUGGCCAGAAAGCAGUCAUCCAUGUUAUGUGGCAACCAGGAUAUAUAGACCCCAACAGUGGAUACGAUAUAUGAACCUUAUGUAAAGCACUUUUUGCAUGGAUUGUUUCAGAGUAGUUGGUAUGCAUGUAUGUGCCUUUGA